AUAAAAUGAAUCAGCAGCAAGACGACUUUGAUGACGAAGUUAAAAACUUAGAGCAAGGGAUGGUUAACUACUUAAAUCUGGCUGUCAGGAAGCAAAAGUUAAUAGAAAGUCAUGAAGAGUACAUUUCAAAACAUCCUGAGAUGAGAGAGAUUUUAAAUGACUUCCUCUCAAGUGUUCUCCUGAACAAGCCUGACGAUGUGUACUUAUUCUCAAAGGAAUAUUUCCAUCCAUUCAACCCCACCCCUGUUAAAGAUAAGCCAUUUAUUGUGUGAGGACCCUUCGGAGUUGGUAAGAAGACCCUCAGAACUAAAGUACUUAAGGAGUACGGAGAUUUAUUCGAUUAUUGUGUAAGCCAUACUACUCGGGAACGCAAACCAGCAGAAGACGAAAACCAGUAUCAUUAUGUCACCCAAGACGAGUUUGAUAAAAUGAAGGCAGAUGGAAAGUUUCUUGAAGUAGCAGAUUCCUGGGGAUACUCAUACGGAACUAGUAAAGAAGAAAUUGAAAGAAUUAGAGCAGAAGAGAAAAUACCAUAUAUCGAAGUUGACUUUAACGGUGCUAAUGGCUUAAAGUCUAUUGCAGCCAAUUUUGUAUUUCUAUAUCCUCCCUCAAUCGAAGAACUGAGAAGAAGAAUCGCUAAUAGAACUGAGGAUACAGAAGAACUCUUCAAAAAGAGAAUUGAAUUAGCUAUUAAAGAAAUUGAGUUGGCUAAUAAUGCUGUUCUUUUUACAAACAGAAUCACUAAUGAUGAUCUGGAGAAAGCUGAAGUUCAGAUAUGUACUUUAAUAGAAGCCUUAUAUUUCCAAGAACUUAAAGAAAAGAGAGGAGAGGAUUAUGAUGGAUCAGCUGCAAAACUUGAUGAUGCUGAAAAGGAUAAAAGCUAGUUAUCUAAAAAUUAUUCAAAAUUCAAUAGAG